AUGGUGAGGAAGUCCUGUUCGGCCAGCCACGUGUUACCGACUGAGAAGAGCGACCUGUCGCUGUCCUUCUCGUUCAAUACGAUGAAUUCGGCAAAGUAUCACCACUGGAUCGACAUCGUUCACCACCAUAUGUGGGAGGAGAACAUUAGCCUGCUGCUGUUGGGACUGAUCCACUCAAACGCACCCUUCGAUCACCUUGUAAGGCGAGCCGCCGAGGCCCGUCUGGGGCGAAAGGCGGAAGGCAAGGAUGCCGACGAGAGGGACUUUACCUUUUGGUUGACGCGCCUCGACGGUGUCGAAAGCGAAGCAGACAUCUGUCUGGACGAGCGGAUGAAGGAGAUCAUCAUACUGCUCAUCGCCGGUGGGCUUUAG